UGCAAACUGUGUCUCAGUUGUCACUUGUCACACAUCCAUGGCCCUUCUCUCCCAUCUCUUCAUCUUCGUCUUCGUCUUCUUCUUGUUCUUCUCCUUCUCCAUAGCUACCUUCUCUUCAUCACUCUCCUAUGAAUCCAGAUCCAAUCUCCGAGAACAAGAGCUCCUGGAAUCAGUUCGAGAGGCGGAGUUCUUCAACUGGAUGGUUUCCAUUCGAAGGCGGAUCCACCAGAACCCGGAGCUGGCCUUUCAGGAGCAUGAGACUAGCGCGCUAGUACGAGCUGAGCUUGAUAAGCUUGGCAUUCAGUAUUCAUGGCCUGUGGCCAAUACUGGUGUUAUCGGCACUGUUGGCUCUGGCUCUGGCCCUGUGUUCGCCAUCCGGGCCGACAUGGAUGCGCUUCCUUUACAGGAACUGAAAGAUUGGGAGUACAAAAGCAAGAAAAGUGGAAAAAUGCAUGCUUGUGGGCAUGAUGCUCAUACAACAAUGCUUCUUGGAGCUGCUAAGCUGCUUCAACAUCACAAGAAUGAACUGAAGGGUACUGUGAAGCUUUUCUUCCAACCAGCAGAAGAAGGCCAUGCUGGAGCUUACCAUAUGAUACAAGAGGGUUCUCUGGAUGAUGUGCAAGCCAUUUUUGGCAUGCAUGUUGAGCCCGGCCUUCCAACCGGCACCAUUGCUUGUAGUCCUGGUCCUGUUCUUGCGGCUGCUGGAACUUUUCAAGCGGUAAUCAAAGGGAAAGGAGGGCACGCAGCAUUUCCACACAAGACUGCUGAUCCUAUUCUUGCUGCAUCAUUUGCAAUCCUUAGCCUUCAACAAAUUGUAUCUCGAGAAUCAGAUCCCCUUGAUUCUCUAGUAGUAUCAGUUGGUUUCAUAUGGGCUGGAGAAGCACACAAUGUUAUCCCAGAGUCCGUGACUUUUGGAGGCACUUUCAGAAGCCCUAACAAUUGA